AUGAAGUUCCAACUUUCUGCUCUUGUCUCCCUUGGAGCCUUCCUCACUGUCGAGGCUGGUGUUGCCGGCGUCUCACAGUCGCAAAGUCUCUCUGCCCGCGAUGGUGUCGACCUGGCUGUGCGGUCCGCCGCUGCCAACAUGACUUGGGCCGACCUCGAGUCCGGCGCGGAUGCUGCUGCCAUCUGCGGCUCUCUGGGUGUUUUCGAGCUGCCCGAAGGCUCGGACCCGGCUCUCGUUCGACUUUGUUCCGAUCACCCAAGUCUUGGCCGACCCGGCUCCAAUGCUGGUGGAGUUGGCACUCUGGCCUGUGCCAAAAACCAGAAGGGUUGCGAUAAAGGAUACUGCUGGAAGCAGUGUGGCGAGAAUGGUGCUGGUUGGUGGUGCUGGACAGCGCUCGGCGACGGCUCGGGCCCCUGGAAGACAUGUGUUGCGGGUUCUGAUUGCGGUAUGGGGGAUCCUUGCGGAUGGUCCAAGAAUUUGUGCCCUAAGUGUGGCUGCAGCUGUUAA